CCGUCCGCGCGCCACGCUCGACCGCACCUCAUCAGUCGUAAUCGAUCGCGUGUCUAAAUAAUAUUAAGUACACACUUCCACGCACGCACACACACACACACACUCGUACGCGUAAUAAUAUUAUAAUAUCAACGCUUGCUUACACGUACAACUACAGGUACGUACGACGCACACGCACACGCACGCAUUCGUCUGUCACACCUCGAAAUAUAAGUCUGCUGUAUUAUUUUUUUUUCAUCUUUCUCUUAGGUACGUUCACAAUUAUUAUUUUUCUGGUAUUAUAAUAUUGUGUUGUACGCUCUCGAAACCCGCGCGGCGCAGCACACACUCGACGACCGCGACCGCGACGACGACGACGACCGCGACGGUUACGUGCGAAUCCGUUUUAUUAUAUUUACGCGACAGGUUAGGUUAACGUAAUACCGGGUUACGGGACGAUACAUAUUACAAUUAAUAUUAUAUUGAACGCCUCAGCUAAAUAAUAAAUACUUACGCGAGUGUAAAUAUGCGCUUGGACAUAUGUCCUACUGCAGCAGUGCCGGUGCAUCAGUUCGUUUCCGCAUCGUUCGUUUGUUGAGUAAUAACAUAGUAUUGCGUCGGAACAAGCGCAUUCGUAUCAUAUCGUAUGAAAACGAUUUGAUAAUGUUCGCCGCGACUCGCUAACCAUCGCGAUCCUACGGGCGACGAGAUGCUCGCGUAUUAUUCCGUCUAUAAUUAUUGUAAUGAAGGUACGUCAUCGGUAACGCGCCUCAUCCGACCAUAAUUACAAUAUCAUAAUCGUACAUGAUCUACGUCUGGGACCACCUGCAGAUGAAAUUUUCGCUGUACAUAACUAUAUAAUAUAAUAGGUAUCUGUAGUGAAUUGCUAAAUAAUAUUAUUUUACAAUCGUCGCCGUGUACGAUAUAAUAUUAUAUAGAAGACUGAACCAGGUGACGAAAAUGCGGCGGGCGACCUGCUCGUGAAAACCCGCUGCAGGCCGACGAAAAAUGAACGAAUCGGUGACCGUGUGCAGCAGACAACAGGGACCGUCGUAUCAUCACCACCACGGCCAUCACGUAGUAGUCAUGCCGGCGCAGUGCAACGGUGACGAGUGCGCGGCAGAACCACAACCGGCCACCGUGGCCGGUUCGUGGACGGCAUACGGCCAUCAGCCCGCGGCGGUCGCCGCCGGUUACCAUCAACAUCACCACCACCAUCAUCUGCAACAGCAGCAGCAGCAGCAGCAACAUCAACAGCAGCAACAGGACCAUCACCUCCAUCAUCCGCAUCAGGGAAUGCCCACGGUACCGCCGCCGCCGCAGUCGUUGAUGCACCAACACCAUCACCAUCAGCCGGUGGACGGUGGCGGUUACGCCGCGUGGCCGACGGCGGUCGUGUACAACAAGAGGCGGCCGUCUUACGCGGACGACGUGCAAGCGUACCAUCACGCGCACCACCACGCGCCGCCGCCACCACCGCCGCCCCCGCACCAUCAGCCGGCCGGCGCCGCGGCCACUUUGCAGGCCGUCGCGGCCUACAACCCGACGGCCGUGACGGCCUCGACGGCCACGUGCUCGUCGCCCGGCACGUCGUUGGAUGAACCGUCGUCCGCGGCCGCUGCGGCGGCUGCUGCUUACCAAACUGCCAACGAUUACAAGUACUGGCCACCCGUACAGCAGCAACCGUCGCCCACCGGCACAGGACGCGUGAGUCCGUACGGUUGGAUGAAGAGAGUCGAGUACCAAGACCGUCCACAACCUGGUAGAACACGCACCAAAGAUAAGUACAGGGUCGUAUACACCGACUUGCAGCGCUUGGAACUCGAGAAGGAAUUUCACUUUAACCGAUACAUCACGAUCACAAGAAAAACCGAGCUGUCCAAAAUGCUGAGCCUGUCCGAAAGACAAGUGAAAAUAUGGUUUCAAAACAGGCGAGCCAAACAGCGGAAAAUCGACAAAAAACGAGAAGAGACGAUCAUCAACGAGAACUCAAAACAACUGAUCCAGACACCUGUCGAUACAAAUUAUUCGAUCGAGAGCUGUUCGUCCCUAUGAAACGAUCGGCAAAAUCGUACCGCGUAAAUCGACGAUAUGAGCUUAUAUUCGACCGCGGGUAUAACAUUAUUAUUAUUAUGAUAAUUGUCGAUAAACCUAAAAAAAAUGUGGGCACAACGAAAUCGGUCGUUAUACAUAACAUUUUGUAUAAUAUUUUAUAUAAAUCGUAAGUUUGAAUCGCGUCCAAAUGAAACAAUUAAACACUUUUCAUUAUUUUAUUUUUUAAACACAAUUUUAUUUUUAUUUUAAAAAUUAGCCUAUUAUUAUUAUUAUUAUAAUACAAGACGUUAUGUUUUUGUUUUAGCCGACUUUCAAUAAUGCGUGCUUAUCAUACCGUUACACUUUUGACUGUACAUAAUUAUUAUUAUAAUAUAGAAAUCGUUUAAUUUUACCUUAAUACCCGCGCUAUUAUUAUUGGUGUAUUCGUUAUAAUAUAAUAAUAAUAAGAGGUAGGUAUAACUGUUACUCGAAUUUUAAUUUUUACGAAUGUAUAUAGUGAGCUUAUCGAACUUGUUGAUAUUUUUAAUUGUUGCCGUUGUGUACUUACCUUCAUAGGUUUUAUUGUAAUAACAUUAUGUUUUAAUAAUUACAGGUGUACACCUACCUAUAUACCUUUCUGGCUAUAUCGAUUAUAAUGUAUGUAUAGGUACAACUGUUGUUUACCAACGUUAUUAGAAUAAUAAUGAUAAUAAUAUUAGUAAUAAUAAUAAUAAAUUAUUAUUAUUAUUAUUAUAAUAAUGCGAUUGUUAUUAUGUUGACGAAUGUGUUUGUACUUAUCGGCGAACGUUAGCUAUGGUGACGUGUAAGCGGUGUACCCAUAUCACUUGGAAUUUUAUUUAUAGAUUGUAAAUAAUAUAUUGUACUUAAGCAGACUUAAUCCGAACGAAUAUAAGUAGUUGAACUUAAAAUAAGAUUAUAAUAUUAAAAUGUUUUAAAAAAAAUGGAGUUGAACAAUAAAUUAUGUGAAUAAUUAUUAUUCUUAGGUAUCGAAAUGUAUAUGUUUCAGAUCGUUUCAAUGCGUAUAAUUUAUUACUAUUAUUAUUAUUAUUA